AUGAACCUUCCAAAUGGACAGACUGAUCACCGCGAUAAGAUUUCUCGAAGUAUCACCGAUCACAAAGCACAAAUCGAGAAAACCGACGCAAGCAGGUUUGCUAAAAGGUAUUCGCUACCAGAGUUGAAAGUUAUCUUUGUUCGCAUCAUGAAACUCGAAGGCCUUACCUUACAUUCUUAUCAGUAUAGAUCAAUUCUUUCAAUGACGUUGAUUAUGCAUCGUUAUUGGGAACGUUUCAAGAAGUACCUUGAUAGGAAUGAACGUCUUACUUGCAUACAAAAAGUCAUGCGGGAUGGAAAGGAGCAAGAUGCUAUUGUUACAUUCGAUCCAAUUCAUCAAGAUCAGGAUGGUGAAGGUUUGUCAUUCUUCAAAAACAACGUUGGUGGUUUAUUUCCGGAUCAUUCUCGAGAACAGAAGCACUCGCGUGCCGAUGAUCUUAAGGAUCUGGAUAAAGCCCUCGUUAGGCUGUCCGAACCCUCUCCGGAGGAGCCUUCUCAACCCUCUCCCUUCUGGGAAGAGGAUCCCUCGGACUCCUUUUUUGAGGAGUUCAUUCCCUUCUAA